UAUGUGAAUAUGCCAAGUGACAUGUCUGUGAAUCCAUAACAAGCAGAAUUAUUGUUGAAGAAAUUUAUAGUGUUUUCCUAGUGAGUUAACAAUAAGAAUUAUUAUUGAAAUCUUAGAUUUCUUUCAAGUCUAGUAAGCUUCGUCCAUAACACUAGCGACCAGAUCGCAGAAGUAGAACGUACCUAGGCUAGUACUGCAACCAGGCUCAUCUUUGACUAGUGCCAACCAAACCCAGUGUUAUUAUGGGUAAUUACGGAUAAUUAACAGCAAUUGUCUCUGCAGAAUGAAACGUAACAGGAAAUAGGAAUCAAAAACGGUGCCGCCUAUUUAAAUUGAAUCCAGUGAAACCCUUUCGGAACUAUGUCGGAUAUCAAACUAGAUAUGCCAGCAGAAGAUGACAUGGCCACUCGGGUAUUUUGGGAGAUCCUCUCUCCCUUGGGAUACAUUCCCCAACCGGUGAAGGAGGCCCUGCGAACCACGGGUUUCGACAACCUUCUGUCGCUGUCGGCGAUGCGAGAAUCCGAUCUGGACGAAAUCACCGCUCAGCAUAAACUACCCAUGGGCCAUCGCAGGCUGAUAAGGGUCCUUUCGGAACGGAUCAACCAAUUGGGAAUCGAUGACCUGACAGCGAAGCUGCUGCGGAAGCUGGACCGCCAGGCAACUACCAUUGUCAAGGUGUCCAAGCCAACACCUCCGAACCCAACGAGCAGUGACUCUCGGGAUGAACCACCACUCUCGCGGCCUGUCCCAUCACCGGAAACCCUAGUCGAAAUGUAUCGCACCAAGCUGCAGCAAAAUAUUCUUUCGUGGUUGACCACCCACGGUGAAGUCGGCACGAAGGAAAUCGAACUCCAGGACAUCAACAUCAACGUGUCCAUGCAAGAGGGCAAGCUGCAGGGAUCGGUCAUCUGUCCCUUCUGCCGAAUGGAAAUCAAAAUUUACAUCCGAGCUCCGGACGCGGACAGCAGUGGUGCCAUUGCCAAUUCGAACUACAUCAAACAUUACAACCGGAUGCACCGGAAGGUCCCACUGCCCCCGAAAUCGCCGGCGGCGGGCAGCUGGAACUCAUCGUUUGGAACACCUCCACCGGGAACCAUGAUGUCCUUGGAGCAACACCAGCAAGCGUUGGCCCACUUGCACGCCGAACAGCAAGCAGCGGCUUAUGCGGCCGUAACGGCUGCGGCCAGUGGCGGUGCUGGCGGUUCUGCCAGUGGCAGUAUACCAAAUGGAGGACAAAUACCCAAUCCGGCAGCCGUUUACGAGCUGCUGUUCAAACAGGAGUCCAACAGUUGGGACGACUAGAAACUGCUGCUGAGUAGAACUGAAAGAUAGGAUAGGAACAUCAUCUUCGUAGAAAUACAGUAAUGGAUAGACAGGACGUGCAUUCGUUAGGAGGUCUCGGGAGAAUAGCUGCACGGCAAUCUAUAGGUUAUAAGUUUAGGUCACCUCGCCAACUAGCAUCCAUACGAAUUUGGAAAAAUCCAUUUAAAAAUUUAUUCUAUAUAUCGAGAUUCAAAUGUGUAAGUUUGAUAGCCCUAAGUAUAUUUUGUGAUUUAUAUUCGUACGCUAAUUUGACAAAAUCAUCCUAUUUCUGCAGACCGAAUUUAUUUCUAACGCUUCUUUUAAAACAUAACGUUAGGUGUUUCUACAUAAAAGUGACUGUGAAUGACAUAUAAUUUGAUGAGUUUACAUUUUGCUGAACACCACAAAAUAUGUAACAAUAGAAAUACAGAAAUAUAAAAUACCUAUAAUGUCGAGAA